AUGGGAGACAGUCGAAGACCUCAACAACCCUACGAGGCUUUUAUCCCUGAGGAGCCCUUCGAAGGCAAAGUGCGUGCUGCUGCACUGCAGCAACUGCAGCAACAGCAGCAGCAGAAACAGCAGCAACAGCAGCAACAGCGGCAACAGCAGCAACAGCAGCAGCAGCAGCAGCAGCAGCAUGCACUCAUGCAGUUCUGCAUAUAUGGAAAGGAGAAGGAGACAGCGCCUGUGGUGUCUGUCCAGCCCAUUGCUGCCUUUUUGAAGGAGCUGCAGCAGCAGCACCCCACAGCUGUUAUAAACCAGCAGCAGCAAAGAGCAAUUGAAAAAGCAAAUGAAGCAAAUAGAGCAGCAAACGCCAGCAGCAGCAGCAGCAGCAGCAGCGGCAAAGCCAAAGAAGUCCGAAUGGUGAGCCAGCAGCAGCAGCCGCAGCAGCAGCAGCAGCAGCGGUAG